UGUCAUUAGUUAGCGUUAGCUGUAGCUUGUAGCGUUAGUAGCCGUAUUAACGAAGAAUAACUCGUAAAUAUGAUGAACGGGAAGACGGUAAUAGUGACCGGAGCGAACAGCGGGAUAGGGAAAGCCACGGCAGCGGGGAUUGUGAAGCUCCAGGGCCGGGUGAUCAUGGCCUGUCGGGACCCGGACCGAGCCGAGGAGGCGGCCCGGGACAUCCGGCAGCAGACCGGGGCAGACAGCGCGCAGGUGGCGGUCAAACAUCUGGACCUCGCGUCGCUGAAAUCCGUCCAGACUUUCUGUGAAAAUAUCAUAAAGGAGGAGCCUCGGUUAGAUGUGCUGAUCAACAAUGCAGGAAUCUUCCAGUGUCCUUACACCAGGACAGAGGAUGGCUUUGAGAUGCAGUUUGGGGUCAAUCAUUUGGGUCAUUUUCUGCUCACCCACCUGCUGCUGGACCUCCUGAAAAGCUCAGCCCCCAGCCGGAUCGUGGUGGUCUCCUCCAAGCUCUACAAGCAUGGUGAGAUUAACUUUGAGGACCUGAACAGCGAGCAGUUCUAUGACAAAGCCUUGGCCUACAGUCGCAGCAAACUGGCCAACCUGCUGUUCACCCAUGAGCUGGCUCGUCGCCUGGAGGGCAGCGGAGUGACGGUGAACGCUCUGACUCCGGGCAUCGUGAGGACUAAUCUGGGGAGGCAUGUGCACGUUCCAGCGUUAGCUAAGCCCCUUUUUAACCUGCUCUCCUGGGGGUUGUUUAAAAGCCCAGAGGAAGGAGCUCGAACCUCAGUGUAUCUGGCCUCCAGCCCAGAUGUGGAGGGUGUGCAGGGAAAGUGUUUUGCAGGUUGUCAACCUCAGGUUCUUCUGGACAAGGCCACAAGCCAGGACCUGGCGUCUAAACUGUGGGACAUUAGUGAGGUCAUGGUGGGAAUCACUACGUGAAAUCUAAACUGAGUCAAGCAUGCUUAUAGACUAACGGGGUAUUGUUGUAGGGAAAUGACUGAGACUUUAAAAUAUGCAGUGCCUUUCUCUGUAAAAUAAUAAAUAUUUGUUUUACUUCCAGAAUUAGCAGCAAUGGUGCCGAAAGAUGGAAAUGUUUCCAGGGCUUCACAAAA